GAGUUCCAGUUAGCCAUGCAAUACUCCACCAAACUUUACGCCCCUCAUUUAUAACAGCUUAUUGUUUGCCUUGGGAUUACGUUUUCGAUAACUUUUUGAUAACCCUACCAUUUGCGCUGAAUUUGAGGUCUGUGCGUUAUGGGUAGUGCCGCGGAGUCAAUCUCGUCGCUCUGAUACUCUACUCUCAAUACUGGGAAUUCUCAAGUCUAAGACCAAAAUCCAGGAAUACCAUGAAGUCAAAAUUAUGGUUAAGCCCGACAAGCAGAAGGAAUUUGAAGAUCACUUGACAAGUGAAGGUGUUAAAAUAAAAAUGGUUGUAGAUGAUGUCCAAAAGCUCGUAGACGCAACCCUGAAAAGACCUAAAGUUAAUCGUCUCAACAAUAAUUACGCCUGGGAGUAUUACCAAACCUUGGACGAAAUCAACGAAUGGCUUGAAAACAUCGUCAGCGAACACUCUGACAUUGCCUCUAUAGUAAACAUUGGUACUACUUUUGAAGGCAGAGAUAUUAAAGGUGUUAAAAUCGACUUUAUGAAACGAGACAAACCUGUUAUUGGUUUUUUGGAAGGCGGUAUACAUUCUAGAGAAUGGAUUUCCCCUGCUACUAUGACUUGGGUUAUAAAUGAGUUUUUGACAAGUAGUAAUCCUGAUAUAAGGUCUAUGGCUGAAAAUGUCGUCUGGUACAUCUUCCCUGUCGUGAACCCUGAUGGCUAUGAAUAUUCUUUUACUAAUAACAGAAUGUGGAGAAAGAAUAGAAAUACUGAACAUUUUACAUCAUGUGCUGCAACAAAUGUAGCAGAUGAUUUAAGUAAUGGUGUUGACCUUAACAGAAACUUUGGUUUCCAAUGGAACACUGUAGGAGUUUCACCAGAUCCUUGUUCACUAGUAUUCCCGGGUGGUUCACCAAAUUCAGAACUGGAAACGUUAUCCAUCAUCAAUUUUGUCUACCAGCUUCAACAGGAAGGCACUUUGAUCUAUUAUUUGGCUUUCCAUUCCUUUAGUCAGAUGGUGUUGAUUCCGUACAGUCAUGUCGAAAAAGGUGAUGUUUUAGAAGUGCCUAAUUAUGGAGACUUGCACGAAAUAAUCAUUAAAGCGAUGGACAAACUGACAGCUAGACAUAAUACGACUUACGUUGUCGGAACUUCUAAGGAAAUUUUAUAUGAAACAAGCGGAGGAAGCUUUGAUUGGGCCAGAGGUGUAGCCGACAUUCCAAUAGUGUAUCUUUACGAAUUAAGAGAUCUCGGUGCCUACGGAUUUCUUCUUCCACCAGAACAGAUCAUAUCUAACAAUGAAGAAGUAAUGGAUUCUCUUGUCGAGUUAGAUAGAGUAACACGACAAUUGAACUACUACCGGUCUAAUGGAUACGUAUUGAAAUUCAACGCUUUGAUCAUUUUAGCAGUUUUGUUUGUCGGUUACUUGAGAUAAACCAAUUAACAUAAAUGAAACAUUUUUCGUUCAUCGAAUUAAACGCACAGUGAAGGUAAAACACGA